AUGAAAACGUUGCCUUCAGGACUACGACUAAUCCCCUCACUGCUGGGAUAUCUCGUCAAUGGGGGAAUUCAUGAACACAAUCAAGAAAGCGCAGUAACUGCCCUUUCGUCAACGACAACAAAUGAAGAUGCGAAAUGGGCAGAAUUUCUCGCGCUACAGUCCUCUGGAAUUCAGGAGUUUGCCGGUACCAAGGCUCAGGAGCAAGAGCAAGUCAACAAGAUGGUACGGAAUAGUUUCGAAUCCACAAUCGAGCGCCAUAACGAUGGAUACCAUGUCCGACUACCGUGGAAAGAAGACGCACACUUGUUACCGGACAACAAGCCCAUAGCAUUCAAACGCCUUUGCUCCAAUCUUGUCAAGCUUCGAACUACGCCGGACAUACUGCAGCAGUAUCAAAAGGCUUUUCUAGACCAAAUCCACAAAGGUAUUAUUGAGAAAGUAGAUGCUCAGCAGCCUGCCAAUGGAAACAUCGUCCACUACCUCAGUCUCCAAGCUAUGAUUACGCCGAUGAAGGAGUUCACCAAGUUGAGAGUUGUGUUCGACACCUCAGCACAUUUCAAGAUCAGGCCAAAGCGUCAUUGA